AAUCAAAUGGCGAACUCUCAAAAUCACCCUCUUCACCAUUGCCAUGUUUACAAACUAAGAGCAAUCCUUAAUCGAACAUAUAUCAUUUUUCAUAUAAUAGCCUUAAUAGCCAUAUUCUACUAUAGAACAGCCUUUUUUGUCAACAAAAAUGGUGUACCUAUGUUGCCAUGGAUUGUUAUAUUUUCAACCGAGGUUAUGUUCUCAUUCAUGUGGAUUCUCAGGCAACCCUUUUACUGGCGGCCAGUUACUCGAACGGUCUUUCCCGAGAAGUUGCCUAAGGAUGAGGAAUUACCUGGACUCGACGUUUUCAUAUGUACUACUGAUCAUAAUAGAGAGCCUACAUUUAAGGUUAUGAACACCGUUGUAUCGGCUAUGUGCUUAGAUUAUCCUAGUGAAAGUUUGAGUGUUUAUUUAUCUGAUGAUGGAGGUGCAUCUGUUACUUUAAAUGGUAUGAAAGAGGCUUGGGUUUUCGCGACUUGGUGGUUACCAUUUUGUAAGAGGUAUAAUAUUAAGCAAAUAUGUCCUCAAGCUUAUUUUGAGGAUUCACAAGAAGUAAGUCAAAGUAGGGAGUUUAUUGAAGAUAGAAAUAUAAUCAAGGAUAAAUAUGAGAGUUUCAAGCAGCGAGUGGUCAACUGGAAGGAUAAAUAUGCUAAGGGAAAUUCAUUUGAUCAUCCAGCCCUUAUACAGGUAAUAAAUGAGAAUAUUUUAGAAGAUGAUGCUGCAACAAUAAAUCAAGAAAGUAUCCCAAUGCCUCCACUUGUAUACCUUGCUCGUGAAAAAAGACCUACUCAUCCACAUCACUUCAAAGCUGGAGCUCUUAAUUCUCUGCUAAGGGUUUCAAGCACAUUCAGUAAUUCUCCCUAUAUCUUAGUCCUAGACUGCGACAUGUACUGCAAUGACCCGAUUUCGGCACGCCAAGCAAUGUGUUUUCACCUUGAUCCAAAGAGUUCUUCUUCGUUAGGUUGGGUUCAAUAUCCUCAAAAGUUCCAUAACAUCAGUCACAGUGACAUCUAUGACAGUCAGAUGAGAGUAGCAUGGCCGGUGCUUUGGUCAGGGAUGGAUGGACUUCAAGGGCCAACUCUAUCUGGUUCAAAUUUUUACAUUAAGCGGAAGGCCUUGUUUGGCGCAGACAUCGAUGUAAACCAUGGUAAUGACAUCAAAGAACUGAAAGAGACUUUUGGUCCUUCAAAUGAGUUCCUUAAAUCUCUUGUAAAAAGCUGCAAACCAAAUGCAAUCAAAGAAGAGCAAAUUUCCUCUGAUUAUCUACAAGAAGCUCAAUCCUUAGCCUCUUGCACUUAUGAAGAGAGCACACAAUGGGGUAAAAAGAUUGGGUUUAACUACGAGUCAGUGGUGGAAGAUGUGAUGACUUCUUUUAUCCUACAAAGCAAAGGAUGGAGGUCUGUUUACUUGAAUCCAUCAAGGCCUCAGUUCUUAGGUUCCGCUACAACGAAUCUGGAUCAAGCACUGAUUCAAUUAUCCAGAUGGACUGCAGGGCUUCUUCAACUUGGUCUGUCCAAUUAUUGUCCUCUGUUUUACAGUACAUCAAGAAUGCAUAUUUUUCAGCAGAUGCUGUACUCAUCGAUUUCAUUCUUGUCCCUUGAAUUUUUGCCGGUUUCAUGUUUUGCUAUUGUUCCUCCAACUUGUUUCUUCUAUGGAAUCCCUUUAUACCCUAAGGUUUCAGAUCCAUUCUUCGUAGCGUUUUCUUAUGUUUUCAUAUCAUCACAACUAAAGCACCUAUAUGAGGUUAUUUGCCUUAGCGGAGGCUCAAUAAGUUCUUGGUUCAACGAGCAAAGGAUAUCGAUUAUAAAAGAUGUAACAUGCUAUGCUUACGGAACUCUAGAGUGUGUCAUGGCAAAGUUGGGAAUCCGAGAGGCAAGUUUUAUACCUACCAAUAAAGUUGAAGAUGAUGAUACAACAAAAUGGUAUCAAAUUGGCAAGUAUGACUUCCGUACAUCAUACAUGUUCCUUGUCCCGAUUGUGACCGUAGUUACCUUAAAUCUCUUCUGCUUUGUUGGUGGACUAGCAAGAGUGAUUUUUGAUCAAAGUUGGGAUGCAUUGUUUGCUCAAGUGUUCUUCUCAUCGUACGUGUUGAUCAUGAGUUUUCCGGUGAUUGAGGGCAUGUUGCUAAGGAUGGACAAUGCUAGUGUUCCUAUAUCGGCUACUCUGAUAUCAACUUCAUUGUCAUCGAUUGUCUUGAGUUUAGGGUACUUUAUUUUUGAGUGGAAGUUUGGGAUGCUUCAUUUUAUUGCAUUAGAAGGAUGGACUUUAUAGCUGCUAAUUUAAUACUGCCUCUUUAGGUCUAUGAUUUGUUCAAGCCUUUCUUGAAAUUUGUUUUGUUAUUAAUAUUAAUCUUAAUUAGAAUGGUAAAUCCAUCACUAACUACAAAACUUUGUACGUUGUUGGGUAGGUCGAGUUUUGUUUUUGAAUUUUUGUACAACCUUGUCUGAUCAUGCAUGUAUUAUUGAUGGCAUUGAAAUUAUUUUAUAUUAUUAGGAUCUCGGAAUUUAUUAAAGUUGGAUACUUCUUCUGUCGAUCAAUAAUCUUUAACUUCAACUUAAUGAAUAUAAUAAUGUUUUUUUUUUUACAUAAUUUUUGAAUUUGAACUAG